AUGGCAGACGCCGAGGUGAAAUCAAACAUUUUGACUUUGGCGUCAUUCUGGAUAUUGGGCCUUUGCAAUAACUUUGGAUACGUUGUGAUGUUAAGUAGCGCUCAUGACAUUUUAAAAUCCAAUUCCGCUGCUCCGGGAGGCAACGAAACAGUCAGCAUUAACUCAACUCAAGAUGUAUUCAAAAGAGAAUGUAAUUAUUUGUCGACCGGCGUUAUUCUAUUGGCCGAUAUUAUGCCUGGACUGAUAAUCAAGAUUUUCUCACCAUUUUUCGGGUUAUAUAUCAACCGAAGACUAUCGUUGUGUAUUGCACUGACAACCGCUAGUUUUAUAACUGUGGCAAAAGCGGAUACUGAAUUAAUUGCCGCUUUCGGUGUAGCACUGACAUCCAUGGCUUCAGGUCUAGGAGAAACAACACUUUUGUCUUACAUGGUCAACUAUGAACGAACUGUAAUUACAUCUUGGGCUUCUGGAACGGGUGCUGCUGGUAUAUUAGGAGCGUUGACUUAUGCAGGAUUGACUGGCGUUUUCCAUUUAUCUCCGUCCACGACGAUGUACUUAAUGCUUUCAGUACCAUUUUUAAUGGGAGUGUCAUUUUGGGUAUUAUUAGAACACCCGAAAAAAGAUGAAAUUCCAACGAUGUCUAGCAUUUCUCCAGAUCCAAGUACCAACAAUCAGAGUUUCUCGAAUAAGUUUUCGUACAUACCCAAAUUGUUGAAAUUUAUGAUUCCUUUAGGGUUAGUGUACUUCUUCGAGUACUUAAUCAAUCAGGGAUUAUUUGAGUUGGUUUAUUUUGAAAAAAUAUGGCUGACACAUUCAGAGCAAUACAGAUGGUACCAAGUCAUAUAUCAGUUGGGCGUUUUCACUUCUAGGACUUCAGUAAGCCUGUUUCCGAUCGAAAAAAUUUGGAUUCUGACAAUAUUACAGGGUCUCAACGUCGUAUACUUUUUAAUCGAAACGCUGUAUUCUUUCACGCCAAAUAUAUACAUUAUAUUUGCGUUAAUAGGAUACGAAGGUUUAUUAGGCGGAGGAUCAUAUGCUAAUACGUAUCAUAACAUCAUGAAAAAAGUUCCGAAGGAGCGUCAGGAAUAUGCAAUGGCCAUGACGUCACUUGCUGACGCGAUCGGUAUUUCAUUAUCCGGACUGUUGGCCAUUCCAUUACACAAUCAAAUUUGUAAAAUACCGAAAUGA